AUGGAUAUCAAAACGUUGCUUCACAAUCUUCGUGAAGAAGUUUCUUGUCCAGUGUGUACUAACAUAUACACAGAUCCAAAGCACCUCCCAUGUCUUCACAGUUUCUGUCUACAAUGCUUGAAACACUGGCACAGAUCAAGUCACGGUCGAGACACAAUCAGAUGCCCGAAAUGCCAAACUGUUAGCAGAGUGCCUGAUAGUGGUGAUCUGAAAGAUCUUCCCACCAGUUUUUACUUGAACGGCUUGAUUGAUGUGCUGGCCAUUAAAGAAUGCAAAACCAGCCAUGUUGGAUGUGGAAACUGUCAAAAUAAGAGCUCCGAGAGUUCUUAUUGUUUCCAGUGUUGCAUGUUUUGGUGUGAAGAGUGCCUCAUUGCACAUAACAUCAUUCAAAGCAAUAAAGAUCACCGUGUUCUAGCGCUAAAAGACUUUCAAGAAAAGGAUUACGAGGAUGUGUUGAAACGACCCUCGUUCUGCUCUAAACAGCGGCAUGAGAAAGAAGAACUUAAAUACUUCUGCAAGAACUGCGAGACGGCAGCUUGCCAAAGCUGUGUUUUGAUACAUCAUGCAGGUCACGCCAUAUUGCACCUAGAGGAAGAAGCGGAAAGACAAAAGAUGGAACUAAAAUCACUGAUUGAAAUACAGAAGAACGAUUUACAAGUUAAGAUUAAUACUUUGGGUCGACUGAAUGAAGACUGCGCCAAAUUGAUACAACAAAGCGAAGACAUCAAGAAACAAGUGGAGACGUUUGUGGAUAAUUUAAUUGCAACUAUUGAAGCGAAGAAACAAAAUAUCAUCUUAGCGGCGGACGAGGAAACGAAGAGAUUUCUCGGAACUCUAACAACGCAAAAGACAGAGAUCGAGAAUGAAAUAAAGAUCAUCGGAACAUCGCUGGAAAAAGCUGAUACAAUUCUAAAACGAAGCACACACGCCGAAGUCGUUCAACUAAAGAAAUCAUUCGAGGAAAUCUUUAAGGGAACUAAUCAAAGCCAGCCAAAAGACCGUUACCCGGAAAAGCGUCCUGUUUUAGCUUUCGUGGAAAACCCAAAGAUGCUCAGUACUAUAAACGGCGAGGAAAUUGGAAUGUUGCGAAAAGCACACCAAACAAAAGCAAGUCAGUCAGUUGCUGAAGGAAAAGGACUUGAAGAAGCAAUUGCUAACCAUGAAACACACUUUUCUUUGACCACAAGGGACUCUAAAGGGAGACAGUGUUACAAUGAAGGUGACCAUGUAACGGUGGAGAUCAUUGACGAACAAGGACGCGACUGCGCAGAGAAAUUGCAAAUAAUUGACAAUAAAGAUGGACUCUAUAAAAUCAGUUAUUCUGCAAGAAAAGAAGGAAGAUGCAAAGCGACGAUAAAGGUAAACGGGGAACUUGUGCACGGAAGUCAACUUAUUGUCCGUGUUAAACCAUUUCAGCUUAGACCUGUUUUAUCUUUUGGUGAAUGGGGUUCGUCGGUUGGAAAGUUUAAUUGGCCUUGGGGGGUAGCAGUGAACGCUAACGACGAGAUCGCAGUAACUGAUAAAAACAACCACAGAGUUCAAAUUUUCAGUAGUGAAGGAAAGUUUUUAAGAUCAUUUGGUAAGAAGGGUGACAUGGUGGGAGAAUUCAACAGUCCUAAGGGAAUAACAUUUCAUAAUAAUGGCAAUAUUUUUGUAGCAGACAGUUUAAAUCAUAGAAUUCAGAUUUUUAGCGUUGAGGGUGAAUUCGUGGGACGUUUUGGUGGAGCAGGAAGCCUUGAUAGUCAGCUUCACAAUCCCUUGGGUCUGUCUGUAGACAGUGAGGGGAGUAUCGUUGUUGCAGACGCAGGUAACAAACUGAUCAAGAUAUUUUCUCCUGAUGGAAAGUUUCUAAUGAAGAUAGGUGUGGAGGGCUCUUUAACUCUUCCUACCCACUGUAUUCAGUAUGAUAGAUAUCUCAUAGUGUCAGAACAUAAAAAUCAUUGUAUCAGAGUUUUUGACAGGAAUGGAAAUUUUCAGUACGAGUUUGGAAAGAGGGGAGCAGGGGAUGGGGAGUUAUAUGGUCCAAGAUGCCUCUUAGUGAACAAGUCAGAACAACUUAUGGUCUGUGACUCAGGCAAUCAUAAAAUACAAGUCUUUGAACUAAAUGGAAAGUUUGUUGGUAAGUUUGGAACACAAGGUAAAAAUUUAGGAGAAUUCGGUAUUUCAAGUGCACUAGCUGUUCUCAGUACAGGGAGAUUUGUUGUUACUGAUGGUACUAACCAUCGUAUUCAGAUAAUUGAGUAGUCCACAUUCGCUCUGGUGAACGGUUUGGCUUAUUAAGCGAAAUUCAACCACUUUCAACAUAAAUUAAUUGAGUUCUAUAUAAAAAAAACAAAAAAACAGAAAUAAAGUUAAGGAAGAAAUGAAAAGAAAUUCUUUAGUGCACAUAUCUGUUAAUUUUUGGCGGAGUGGUAGGACUGAAAAAAGGUUACUCAAAUCCAUUUGUUCGCCCGUGAAGCAUUCCGAUGUCAGCGUAUUGCUACUAAGAAUUUUAUGUUUACAGAACUUUCCAUAUACGUUUGGUAUUCAUUAUUUUAACAAAUGAAAGUUUGUGGUUAUUCAUUAUGAUUUGGCUCAUGUACAAUUAUAACAACAAAAAAUUACAGUCACUUCUGAAGUUGUGCAUUUUCAUUUUUUAAGUGGAAUAAAGAUUGAAAAUCUGUGAGCAAGUUACAGUGUAGUUGUAAAUUGUAAAAUUUUUGUAGAUCAUAUAAGCUGUAGAAAGAACUUUAAACCCUAUUUUAAGUAUUUUAAGGGAAGAGAAUUUUUGAUAAAGAAAUUCAAGUGUUGACUGAAUCAAACUAAUAUGUUUGCCAGUCAAAUAAACACAGAAAAUAUAUUGAACUUGAUAAACCAAGGGCUGUAUCAGCAUGUGAAGUGCAGCCAAGUGAUUGGUGAAUUUUGCCAUGAAUGGUUCAGAGAACAUGCAGAUGACUUUCAAUUUUUCAGCCAAAAACAGAACUUUGUCUACAGACAUUAUCAGUAACUAUCAGCUAAAAAAAAGAUGUAAGUUAAGAAAGGGUUAGCCUGCCAUUUCAAAAUGGAAAUCAUUAUCAUUAUUUUGUACUUUGAAAUGUGAGCAAAAUUCCUUGGAUUGAACAUAUUUGUAAGAGUUUACAUGUUAAUGAUCUCAGAACUCACAUAAUGCUCACAUUCAUAUAUAAAACUGGAAUGAGGGGCUUGGCAAUUGGAGGCCUGUGCAUAAGACUGUUUCAAAUACAGUGAAUUCAUUUUAAUUGAUCUGGUGUUGUAGUAAAUAAGAAGCUCUGCACAUGUAGAUAAGUUGCAUUGAUAAAGAAAGUGAACUGACUCUGUGUAAUAUCAUAUUGUCUGAAAAAAUAAAGUGUGUCACUGAACUGUUUGACCUUUUUUAUUUAAUGCAGUUUUCAUCAUUAUUAUUAUUGCUGGUAUUACUUUAUUAUGAUUGCAUGUCUAUUUCAAUCUCAUGAGUGACCAAAACAGAUUUUCUCCUUACAAUACCAAUGCAAAAAUCAAGCAGGCAAGUGAUAAGAAAAAAGAAAAAAGAAAAACAUCAAUUUGGAGAUUAUUAAUGAUCAAAAUUCAAAUUCUCCAAACUAACACCAUACUAAUUGUGUUGCAAACAGUAAGGAGAAAGAGUAAUGAGAUCUUGGGGGUGAAAGGGUUUAAGAGGCAUAACAGGCAACUUUCAUUCUCAGGUAAGAUAAUUUAUUUGAAAAAUGUAGUAUAGCAAAACUAAAGCUACACUGCAAUACCUCUCUCACUAAAUUAAAUACCACUCCAUAUUUUCAAAAUAUACAUGCCUUUUGGCUUAUCUUUAUCUUCCUUCUCAUUUUCCUCUUUGAGAACAACUCCAAGAUCAGGUUCUAGUGGAAUUCCAUGAUACAGUACCUUACUUUUGUUGGCUGCACUGAGAAAAGAAAUGUUUUCACAAUAAGUUUCAUGAACAAACAGUUUCCACUUCCAAGGAUAACUGGCUCAUCUGCAUUGUAACCUGGGCUUGAAGACUACAUUGUACCCUUCUCUAGUGUAGUCCCUCAGCUCACCAUUACACACCCUACAUUAAGGAUUCCCAUGUCACAAAACUUGCAGAUAAGAAAGGGAAAAGGGUUUAUACGUGUAUGUACACUGCUUUGUGCUGAAGAACAACAAUAAUUUAAUGUACAAUAAAAACCAGCCAGACACAAGAGUUGGACUUCCUCCAUGGAAGUUUAACCACAGUCCCUGAAUUUUUGCUCUCCUUCCCACUGGCAAAUUCCCUAAACAAACCACAUUUCAUGGCACUAACAACCAUUGGUACUAACAACCAUGGCACUAACAACCAUUGCAGACCCUGCUGCAGUUAGAAAGGAGAAAACAAAAAAUAUCUGAGCAACAAAAGGUUCUAGUCAAGUCUACACUUCCUUUAUGAUUUUAGAGCAACUUUCUCAACACAGAAAAAAAACUUCUCAGUCCCUGGUUAUCCAAAGAAAACCAAUCCUUAACCCUUUAAUUCCAGAAGUGAUUAGUAGGUAACUUAAUUCUCCCCAUAUUAUAUUCAUACAUUUUUAAGCAAACAGGUUAUGGGAAUACUCAAACUUGUCAGAUACAGGAUGAACAGUGACUAUUACUAGAGCCUACCUAUAACCUGCUGACUUAAUAUUGUAUCAAAUUUAAAAGGCAAAAAAAAAAAGUUAACCUCCCCUGAGAGAGGGAAACUAAACUGGAUAUAAAUUACUUAUAAUAAAUCAAAAACACAUCAGCGUUGUCAUAAAGAAAUUAACCCUUUUACUCUCAAGAUUUCAUUAGUAAUUCUCCUUACUGUCUGCCAUACAAUUUGUGUGAUGUUAGUUUGGAGAAUUUGGAAUUGGAUCAACCAAUAAUUUCCUAAUUGAUAUUUCUCUUUAUUCUCAUUACUUGUCUGCUUGAUAUCAUAUUGAUAGUGUAAGGAGAAAUUCUGUCUUGGUCACUAGUGGGACUUAAGGGAAUAAGAUGCAAGAGAAUAUUGUAGAGAAACAGAGAAUUCUGUGUAAAAGUUAAAAUGACAUCCAAUCUCCAAAGCCUAAUGGACACCUUGAAAUCUUACCAUCAAAGUGAAAGUGUUGCUGAAUCAAGGUAAGAAGCAAUUCUUGCUGUUGAUCCUGAAAAAAAAAAAAUAAAACCCAUAAAAUACAAUUAAUUUUCUCCUUACAAUAUCAUUCAAUACAUUUUCAAGUAGAAAGGGAAAUAGAGGUGAGAGAAAAUUUCAACUUGGUGAUUAUCUUUGAUUCAGAACCAAAUUCUCUGGUCUAAAAUUAAAGUAAUGUAUGUAUGGCAAACAAUAUGGAGAAUUUAUACUUCAAUCUCGGGGGUGAAAGGGUUAAUAGGGUUAAUCAAAGAUUGAGAAUUGAGGAUUGCAGAUUGAGUUUCUUGAGGGACCAGCAACUUGGGACAAAUUCUGUUUCAAUACCUUAAGUUUCCCAUGAGCUCAUUGUUUUUCAUGUGUUCAUUCUGUGUUAUGGCUGCCAACUCGUUAAGGUCGUCUUCACGAUAAUCUUCCUGAGUUCUUCGAAAACAGGCAAAAAUAGAUUGUGCUGCAAAACAAUGUCAAGUUACAUAAAGUUGCGUGGAAGAUAUUUUUAGAGAAGGAGGUUAAAGGAACAACCUCUCUCAAUAUGGUCUUAGAAAGAAAACCAGGAACUGGAUCACCAACACACUGUGAAAGUCAAGUCUUAUCUGACUGGUAACCCUUUUACUCCUAAGAUCUGAUUGUUAAUUCUCCCCUCUUACUGUUACACAUGUCCUUGUAAGUCCUUGAUUACCAUUAUUAAUAUACAAGAGUACAUGUUCCCCUUACAUCAGUUUAAAGUCUUCUUGUGUACCAGUUUUGUCAAGAUUCAUAGUAGCCUGCAGUGCGUGCCUCUCCUGCUUCUCAUUAGGUUUCUUUGGAUCCAUUGAUAAACAGUUUUUGGAGUUUAAGACGAUAUUCACUUAAAACCUCAAUUUAGUUUUUAAGAAUAGCUGAUUUUGGUCUGUGUAAGGACGUAAAUAUUUUUCAGCCGGGUAUGGCAUUGAAGUAAGGAAGGCCAUCUUGAGCAUUUCAUACAUGUGAGAAACGCAAAGAAGACAAACCAGGGUUUUUUUUCUAAAAGAGGAGGAGGUGCAAACGAAGAAGUGAGUCUAGAACUUGUUCCGUUCCUGUUCCUUGGUCCCCCCUGUUCCCCUGCGCUUCACUGUUAUCACUAGCCACUCCCACUGCGCGCCUGUUGUUCCCACUUGGUCAGCGGAGCCCAAUCAAAAAGUAGACAUGCAGUGCGUACAUAAACUUGUUAAUAUUUGUAGUUUAUGACAAACUCCACUUGUCCUGAGCCAAAAUAGUGGCGUGUCUCAGUCCCUAAGGGCCUUACGCUUGUCGCUAGUCGCUCUCUGUACUCAGUCCCUGCGAAGUAACUCCAAAAAUAGACAUGCACUAGGUACGUACGCGGAAAACUUGAUGUUCUGAUGAUUUUCCUCUGUGAUUUGUCCGUGUCAGAUGACAGGCUCUACGCGACCUAAAGGACAAUGUUGAAGACCGAUAGUAGAUGAGAAUAACAGAAGUAACAGUGUUUGAGAAGGCUUUUCCUAAGUUCAGGGCUCAGGAAUGCGUAGAUGACAGGGCUUAGAGAAGAGCUGGAUAUCUGCGCCAUUGCUCACCAAAUAGAAAUUAAGAAUGCAUUUUUAAAUGAUUGAUUGUCAAAUGCUCUAUACACCUCCAGUAAUUGCAAUACUGAGAUUGGCGCUCAGCAGAACAAAAAAAAUACGACAGCAGCGACUAUCGACCGACUUAAUUUCAUUUGGCCAAGGCAACUGCCUUGUGAAUUGUUCCAUUGUACAACAAGGGAACGAAAAACUUUACCACAAAGUAAAAGGUUUUCGUAAGCUAAUCUUUCCAGUCUCCAGCUAGCGUGCAGUAGCUAUAGUCUCUACAACUUUCAGUGCCAUUGUUUUUUAUUUUUGGAGCAAAUUACACCAGAGAGGCUCUUAACACUGAAAAAAAAAAAAAACGGGAGAGAAUUUAUGAAGGUGAAACACCAAAUCGAGGCAACCAAAAGUUGGUAUGUCUUCAGUUUUCUGCCUGAAGCUAUGAAAAGACCGUAAUGCGUUUCUGUGUCGGUCCCACGCAAUAGCAGUCAAACUGUUGAAAAUGACCGCCGCAGAGGUAUAGCUGAACAGUACCGAAGCUUUGCAUGAUGCGGAUGACUGCAAGAAAAAUGACUGCACUCAAAAGCAGCUACAAGAGAUUAUUUCUCAUCAGAUCUCCUUAUUUGGUAAUAUUCAACUGUUUGGAAGCAUCAAAAAGAAAAAAUUCCAUUUUUUCAUAAGAAUGCGGCCGUCGUUUAGAGAAAAACCAAGGGAAAAUGAAUGAAGUGAUACAUUCUUUGAAGCUUAUAAACGAUUUUAAUUUACAAAAUUUGUGUUUAUACAGUAUUUACAAGUACAGCAUAAUGCAGCUAUAGUCUUGUCCCAUUCACAUGGACGGAGGAGAAUUUUUCAGUUGUGCGCUAAGACGGGUGGGCGAAGAGGAAGGGGGGAGAAUUGGGUCCUAGUCGAGGAGGUCAAAAGCACCCUUGGACUCCUACCCUCAUCUACGCCCUCAUGAUGAGGCUGUGAAAGGUCCUGAUGCUAAUAACAGAUUUCUUAGCGUGAAGUGUAAACAGUGCACUGGAGUCCUCUUGGUUGGGUACGAACCCACUUCAAAUGUGUUGCUUUUGGUAGAUGCGCGGCUGAGACAAAGAAAGAAUACAUACAUAUUAAAAAAAAAAGAAUCAAACAAAAUAUUUCAAGGGAACUGGGAUGACGAAGUGGUGAGAACAGCCGCCUCCUACCGCGCUGGCCUGGGUUCGUUCCUGAGACCUGACGUCACAUGUGGACCGUGCACACCCUCGGGGCUUUUUCCGGUUUUCAUCCAUUCACAAAAUAAACACGCUAAAUUCCACUCAGGCUUUUACCCCAACUCAGAUUCUUUUGACAAAAUUACAUAUUGACUGGUUUUAUUUUAUCGCGUUUCAUUUCUUGCAUCUUGACUCACACUUACGUAUAAGUCGGCGCAGAACGAUCUAACAGGCGCAACAGCUCGAGCUUACAGUAAUCAAGACACGAAAUGUAAUCAUACACUGAGGGAUAAAGCUGUAACACUUACUUCGGGUCUGUUCUUUCAUCGUCGUCAUCAUCAGGAUUACAGAUGGAGCGAGCGUUCCACAGCUUUACACAGUUAUCUACUCCACCUGGAAGCAAAAAAUAAAUAUGUGCAACUGCUUUCCUGCUGAGAAGCAAAGAUGAAAACAGCGACAUGCUUUUAACUAGUAACUCAAAAUUCACGCAUGUAUUGCGGACCUACACUCUUACACUCCCUCAUUCAAUCAUAGCCUACGGCAAUGUGGGUAAUAUACUUACAGCGCACUACCCAUAAAAAACAUGAAAAUUAUAACUUGGAUAAGCCGAAGAAGUCAUUGGAGAUGACGAGAGGCUUUACUUGCUUUAUUCUUUUUUUUCUUUAACUUCAUUCGAAGCAGAAGCAAAACAAACCUGAGGCCAGCAAAUUCCCAUCUCUACUAAACAUCAGAGAGUACACUGUGUCUGAGUGUCCUUUUAGCUCUGUCAAUAAUGUCCCCUCUGCGAGAUUCCAAACUAGAAUACGCUUAUCAACACCUUAACAAUAAAUGGAACAAAGAGCAAAAAGUUAGGCAAUUUGUCAUCCACUUCUGCAUGACGCAAACUGCCUUGUAUACGUCAGAAGGGAUACCUUGUGGAAAGUGCAAAGGAAACAGAUAAAGAAGACAUAAAAUUAAAAAACUAACCGAAAUCUCAUAAAGAGAAAAAAACUUCUAGACGUGUCUUAUGAUAACCUUCGAAUGAAAAUAUGUCACAAGAACACAGCGGUCAAACGUCUGCGCAUGUGUGAACAUUGUAAUAACUAGGUGAGGCCGGCAAGAUCAAGUUGUCUCACACGCGUUACAAACAAUCACACUACAGUGUUUUAAAAGCGUGUAAGUCUUAUAGUGAAGCUCGAAAAAGAAAGGUAACUCAACAGGUUAACAGAAUAGUAACUCAACAGGGUACCCGUCUCAUAAGGAUACCCGUCUCGAGUUUUCCUUUCCCUAAUUUUGUUUCAUUCUACAGAUUUCUAUGAACGAUUGAAUUCAAUUUUCUUUCGCUGAAUUUGAAGGACAGCGGUUGUUGCUUAUGUUUAGGGGGAAAUUGGCGAAUUAGAAUCCGAGUCAGCUGAAGCAAUUAAGCGUCAAAUUCUUUCACAAAAUGAAAGGGAAAGAAAAAACGUUUUAAGUGGGAUUACAGUGGAACUUGUCUUCUUGUACAUCUCUGUGUCAAUUAUGACUUAAGGGGCACUCUUAUUAGGAGGUCACUCUUUCUAGUUUCAUAGGUCUCCCCUCAAGGCAGGUUCCACGACGCAACCUCAACAUGUUACCUUCAUGGAAGGGGCAGAUCAAUUCAUGGGGCUCUAUUUCUAGUCUCCAAGGCGUCUCCUGUAGGAAAGUUUCACUGAUUUUAGAUAAAACCGCCUCGUGGAUAAAUCAAUGGAUGUAUGUCUACAAUAAUCAUUGCCUUACAAAUUCUUUUGACGAAUGACUUUUACUGGCAAUUAUAAGCUGCUUAUACCUUCAAGCGGAUUUGUAAAAUAACAACAAUAAGAAAAAGACAAAUCAUAACAAACGAACAAAAAAAAAACAAGAAAUACCAUCAAACACAACAGAAUAUUUUACGAGCUAAAGAGCUCCUCGUUCCUAAUAAACAUGAGUUCCAACAAGGAAUGUUAAGAGGUAUUCUCGUCUUUUUUUUAAAUAGAACCCUCCUCAUGGGAGCAAUCUCAAAACGUCCCUUCGACGAAGGUGUCACCUCGAAAAGGUUGACAGAUGCAAAUGUUAUACAAAGGAACCUCCAUCCAGGGGAGCAAUCAUGGUACUAGAAAAAGUGUGCCAUUAACAGAGGUGUCACUUUGAGAAAGGUAACAGAUACAAUGGUUCUACAAAGGGACCUCCAUUAAGAGAACAUCUGUGGGAUAAUAGAAAGUGUUCCUUGAGUAAAGGUGUCUAUUUAGAAAAGGUUACAGACACAAACUUUAUCGAGGAGUAUCUCUGAACAAAAAUCUGACUUCGUUCAAUGGGGAAAAGAGGGAUUUUUCUGUAAUAAGAGAAAAUGAAAUUGUUCUUAUCCACCGCUCUUACCUCGAGUGAGCAUUAAGUACAUUGUAGAAGCAGAUGGAAGGAAGAGAAUCAGGUCCUAAAGAGACUAUAUUUUGUGAUUUUCUGGAAAUGCCGCUUAUUACCUCGGCUUGUCCGCUAAAUUUGUCUUCUACAGGCUUCGGUGGGACCUUUUUCAAAACUCCCGCGGGUAUGUUAAUUUUCUCUAGCUCCACCUCCUGUAACAAUGCGGCACACGAUCGGUGUUUAGCGCUGACGUUGAUCAAGAGGUGCUAAAAGAAACGGUUUACAACAAAUUUACAAAAAGGAAUCAAUAAUAAAAAACGACAGGAUUUUCGUGGAAGAACAACAAAUAAAACAGUUGAGAACGAAACUAACCAAUACUGCUCAUCCAGCUUAUAACGUACGCACGUAAUGUGUAAUUUUUUUCUAACAAUAGCAUAAAGAAUCUUGAACGUCUAAUGAACUAAAGCAAUACUCCCUGAGGAGGAAAGCCCUCGUAACCUUUGACCAAUCAAAGCUCUCUAGAUCGCGCUUCACUGCCAAUAUUACAGAUCUAUAAUAUUUUAACUACUGCAAGUAAAUGUCGCGAGAACAAUAAGCAUUAUACGCGAUGCGUAGAAUUAGAAUGCCGCAAAAAGUUUCAUUUAGGAGGAGAAGCGGAAAAAGCUACGACAACAGCUACGCUCUAAAUAUUGCAAGACAUUCCCACAAAAAACAUCGGUCAAAAUUUUGGCCGAUGGUUAGAAAGAGCCGAAAACAGUGUGAGAAGAAAGAAGACUUAAAACAGCAUGUCUAGCUUACCAUAAAAUUUUUUUCGCUUUCAUUAUUGCGUCACCUUUUGCCGCAAACGAAAACCCAGUUAUACAACAAUUUAGUGUCUGGUACUUUCUAUUAACAAGACAAAUUCAGAGAGGGAGGGGAGGGAGAGGGCUUUGCGUAAUCGGAAGUGGCAUAGAAAUAAAGGAACUAUAUAUAAUCGUUUUUCCUUAUGCUUUUCUUGUUUGCAAACCGGCUGAGGCCAACGCUAAUUUACCUCAGCAAACUAAGCAAAGGAUGGCAAAUUAUUUCUUUUUUGCAAUGACGAAAGCGCAGUAUUUGAUGAACUCUGGGCUAAAAACCGGAAAUGACCAACAUGUUAGGGAAGGGAAUCUGGCGGUUCAAAGGCAGAGUGUUUGGACUGUAUUCCUGCUUCUUCUUGCCUAAAAAAAAAAAAACACUAGCUUUCUUAGAAAGAAAAAAAAAAAGAGGCAGUCACCCACCCCUCCCUUCCUAGCCUCACAAAGGUCGAAAUGGACAACAACGUAGUUUCCAGUUUCCAGCACUCUCACUUCUUACCUCCGGAGAGCGAGAAGAAGAGGCGCCUGUAAAUGAGGCCCGCUUUCACCCUUGGACACCCACAUUACUCAAUUAACAAGAAAUCUACGUCACUCACUUAAGAUGUGAAUGCCAUUUUAGCAACCCCAAAAUAUGCAAACAGGAAAAAAACAAAAGACAGAGAUUGUUCGUACAGUUUUACCUGGGCCAUUGAAAUCUUUCUUCACUUUCUUUUUCUACAAACGUGAAAGAGAGCAAAAGAUUAGAUGCGUCCGGCGUCGUAACGCGAAGGACAAAGGGCAAAAAAAACUUGAAUUGUGAUUUACGGAAAACUCUUCUCGCCAGUAUGAAAGUAAUAAGAGCUGUCUACAAGAAGAGAUAAGCAGUAGCCAAAUGUGGGUUAUAUUCUUGGGAAUCAGUAUUUAUGAAAAACCAUUCUGACAUACUUUAUAAUAAAGCUCGGAUAUAACACGUGCUCUCAUUGGUUGAAAGAGCGUGCUCUAUGAGAGUAUAGAGCAUAGAACUGAGCUAAAGCUGUCACGCCAUCUGCUAAAUCGUACUAUGUCCGACCUUUUCCAGGACUUCUUUCUAGCUUUUCUUUCGUUAAUUGAAAGUGAAAUUUCGGAACAAGCGAGCAAAGGUUUGCAAAAAUGCCAGGCGCAGUAAUUUACGUUACUGUAACGUGAGCAGAGACAAAAAUCCUCAAAGAUAAAACAAGAUAGACAGUCCGAGUUUUUUUAACGGUUUUCACGCUCAGUUAGAUUGCGAGUUUACAUACGGUAAUAAAAAUCAAACACAGCUAACACUUGUAUGAUAUAAAGUUUCGAUUUCAAACAGAAAAAAACAGGAAUGAUGAAAAAUAUAACCUGGCAUAACUGUUAAAAUUCAUACUAAUCAUGACGGUGUCAGAGCGACUUAAGGUCUAUCGCGGCUAGCUAAUCAUGGCGAUCUUCGGUCAUCGCAAUGGAGCAAGCCUCAGGAACUAAAUCGACUACCCUUCGAGUGAAAAAAUAAGAGCUUGCCUUGAUUACCUUUCCGAUGCGUUGAGUGGAAGGCCACAUCAGUCACUGCAACCGAGUUUUACGGCGCUGUCAUUCCGAGCGAUCUUCAUUUCUUAGUGAAUUCGGCUGUUGUUCAUUCAUAAUACACUCGCCUUGAACAGUUUGUUUUCUACUUGUCAUGUGAAAUAACUUGCGUAUUUUUGUGAGCCACGAUUGGGCCGAAUUUCACUGAACAUUUCACUUUCAGAUCCUGUAUUAGAAACUAAAAAACUUCAGUCAAAAGUGUUAAAUUCGACAUGCCGAGCUAUUUUAGUUUGUAAACUAUAACAGAAUAUGAACUUUGAUGGUUUUUGAACUUUGAUGGUUUGACAUUUUUGACAGCUUUAGUCUUGUACAGCCAAUCAGAUUAUUUGAACCAUUCUAACAGGGAUUCUGAUUGGCUUAUUGUAGCGUGCUUUAUGAGAGUAUAGAGCAUGCUGACGACACUGUUGUUCGCUUUGGAAAUAAAAUUUGUUUUGAAAAUUGAAAGUAAUUCUUGGGGAAUUUAACGGAUUAUUUAUUAUAAAACAAAUAGAUAAGUGGGGAGAAGUGAGGAGAAGUGGGGAGAAGUGGGAAGAAACACUCGACUACGUCUCGUGUUUCCCCCUACACUUCUUUCGUGCUCUAGCCGCUUCCUGCGUGCUUUACAACAGAACAGAGCACAGCCAAGGCUUCUCUAUUUGUUAAUUAGAGACAAGGAUCCCUGAUUGGCUGAUGCAGUGGAAAAGCAACUAUAACAAAUUCCGAAAAAGGCUUUAAAAAGUGAAAACAAAGUCACGGGACGUCAUUGUUUCGGGUCAAUUUCCGAGAAUUUAAGCCACUAUUCUCGCUCACUCCUCAAAAAACGACGGACCAACCAUGGACAUCAAAACGUUGCUUCACAAUCUUCGUGAAGAAGUUUCUUGUCCAGUGUGUACUAACAUAUACACAGAUCCAAAGCACCUCCCAUGUCUUCACAGUUUCUGUCUGCAAUGCUUGAAACACUGGCACAGAUCAAGUCACGGUCGAGACACAAUCAGAUGCCCGAAAUGCCAAGCUGUUAGCAGAGUGCCUGAUAGUGGUGAUCUGAAAGAUCUUCCCACCAGUUUUUACUUGAACGGCUUGAUUGAUGUGCUGGCCAUUAAAGAAUGCAAAACCAGCCAAGUUGGAUGUGGAAAUUGUCAAAAGAAGAGUUCCCACAGUUCUUACUGUUUCCAGUGUUGCAUGUUUUGGUGUGAAGAGUGCCUUAUUGCACAUAACAUCAUUCAAGGCAAUAAAGAUCACCGUGUUCUAGCGCUCAAAGACUUUCAAGAAAAGGAUUACGAGGAUGUGUUGAAACGACCCUUGUUCUGUUCUAAAGAGCGGCAUGAGAAGGAAGAACUUAAAUACUUCUGCAAGAACUGCGAGACGGCAGCUUGCCAAAGCUGUGUUUUGAUACAUCAUACAGGUCACGCCAUAUUGCACCUGGAGGAAGAGGCGGAAAGACAAAAGAUGGAACUAAAAUCACUGAUUGAAAUACAGAAGCACGAUUUACAAGCAAAGAUUAACACUUUGGGUCGACUGAAUGAAGACUGCACCAAAUUCAUACAACGAAGCGAAGACAUCAAGGGACAAGUGCAGAAGUUUGUGGACAAUUUAAUUGCAACUAUUGAAGCGAAGAAACAAAAUAUCCUCGCAGCGGCGAACGAUGAAACGAAAAGAUUCCUCGAAACUCUAACAACGCAAAAGACGGAGAUCGAUAAUGAAAUAAAGAUCAUCGAGUCAUCGCUAGAAAAAGCUGAUACAAUUCUAAAACGAAGCACACACGCCGAAGUCGUUCAACUAAAGAAAUCAUUCGAGGAAAUCUUUCAGGGAACUCAAAGCCAGCCAAAAGACUGUUACCCGGAAAAGCUUCCUUUUUUAGCUUUCGUGGAAAACCCAAAGAUGCUAAGCACCAUAAACGCCGAAGAAAUUGGAAUGAUUGAAAUAGCACACCAAACAAAAGCACGUCAGUCAGUUGCUGAAGGAAAAGGACUUGAAGAAGCAAUUGCUAACCGUCAAGCACACUUUUCUUUGACCACAAGGGACUCUAAAGGAAGACAGUGUUACAACGAAGGUGACCAUGUAACGGCGGAGAUCAUUGACGAACAAGGACGCGACUGUGCAACGGAAUUGAAAAUAAAUGACAAUAAGGAUGGACUCUAUCAAAUCAGUUAUUCUCCCAGAAAUGAAGGAAGAUGUAAAGUGACAAUAAAGGUAAACGGGGAACAUGUGCACGGCAGUCAAUUUAUUGUUCGCGUUAAACCAUUUCAGUUUAGACCUGUUUUAUCAUUUAGAGAAGAGGGUUCGUCGGUUGGAAAGUUUAAUUGGCCUAGGGGGGUUGCAGUGAACGCUAACGACGAGAUCGCUGUAACUGAUCAACUCAACCACAAAGUUCAAAUUUUCAGUAGUGAAGGAAAGUUUUUAAGAUCAUUUGGUAAAAAGGGUGACAUGGUCGGAGAAUUCAACAAUCCUCGGGGAAUAACAUUUCAUAAUAAUGGCAAUAUUUUUGUAGCAGACAGCGUAAAUCAUAGAAUUCAGAUUUUUGGCGGUGAGGGUGAGUUCGUGGGAAGUUUUGGUGGUAAAGGAAACGUUGACAGUCAGCUUGAUAUUCCCUUGGGUCUGUCUGUAGACAGUGAGGGGAAUAUCAUCGUUGCAGACGCAGGUAACCAACUGAUUCAGAUAUUUUCUCCUGAAGGCAAGUUUCUAACAAAGAUAGGUGAGGGCUCUUUUACUCUUCCUGUCCACUGUAUUCAGUAUGAUAGAUAUCUCAUAGUGUCAGAUUAUAAUGAUCAUUGUAUCAAAGUUUUUGACAGGAAUGGAAAGUUUCAGUACAAGUUUGGAAAGCAGGGAGGAAAGGAUGGGGAGUUUAAUUAUCCAAGAUCUUUGUUAAUGAACAAGUCAGGACAACUUAUGGUCUGUGACUCAGGUAAUUGUAGAAUACAAGUCUUUGAACUAAAUGGAAAGUUUGUUGGUAAGUUUGGAACACGAGAUAAAAAUUCAGGGGAAUUCAUUUCUCCAAUUGCACUAGCUGUUCUCAGUACAGGGGGAUUUGUUGUUAUUUAUUCUAGUAACCAUUGUAUUCAGAUAAUUGAGUAG